AAAUGUCGUUUUGCGCUGAACAGUAUAUAAUAUACUAUGAACAAUAGUUUUUAAUUCAGUAGUUGAAAAAAUAGCAUUAUCAUGGAGGAGAACGAACUAUACAAUGCUACAGUCUCAUCUUUCUUUGGGAUUGAAUCGGCAUUUUGGAAUUAUUCCGAUCAUGUCAUCUUGGAUGAUCUUAAAAUGGAUAGCAACUUUAUAUGGUUGCUAUGUUCGCUAGUAUCUGCCAUAUCCUGGAUUGUUUAUAUCGCUUAUUAUAAUAGUAGAGUAGCUGGUUAUAUAUUGACAAAGUUGUUAAAUCGAUUUGUUAUUAGAGACGGAUAUGUUAAAGUUGGAUCUGUCAUACUAAGUGCUUUAAGUGGGAAGAUAAUGUUUAGGGACAUAGUUUAUAUCACAACAGAUUAUAGUUUUAGAAUUCAGGAUGGUUGGCUCAUUUUUAGAUGGUGGAGAAGCUAUGUCCCUAAAGAUGUAUCAGAAGAUCUCUCGCAUUCUGACACACGAUUAUCAGUUAUGUUAAAUGGCUUUGAAUUACAUGUUUACAAUCGCUGUCAACUUUAUGCACAAUUAGAAAAAUCUUUUGGUCUUACACCACAAAUGUUUGCUGAUGAAGAAUGUCAUAAUAUAAACAGUGACGAUCUAGACGGAGAAUCUAUAAAUAAUGCAGCUAAUGAAACUCGUCAUUCACAAAUUAACGCAAUGGAUGUAUCUCGUCAUGUGGAUAAUAUUAGAAAGAAGGAAGCUCAUGUGAUUGCACGUACUUGGAGAGACUUGAUACCAGUUAUUAAACUAGAUAUUUGCACAGGAAGACUAGUAUUUGGUAAUCGAUUAGUGCCAACUACAUUAUCAAUAACAGUGGAAGAAGCACAUUUUGUAUAUUCUACAAAACCAGCAGCAUCCAGACAUGAUCAUUUUAUGCACUUUACCAAGUGCAAAGCUGAAAAUUUUAAAGUUAUUUUGGCCCCUAGCCCGAAAUAUACUGGAAUGGUUGAUGAUCCACCUAGAUACAUGGGAGAAGGUUUUGUUGUUUUAAGUUCAAAUAAUAUGGAGGUUUAUUAUUACAUGGAUGAACCUGGCGUCGUACCGGAACAUCCUGAAAUGAUACAAUUGGUGAAUGGAGACAUGGUUGAAGCAAUGCCUCCCAUAUGGGGCAUCGAUAUCAAGUGCGGAAAAGGUACAGAUUUUAGUUAUGGCCCUUGGGCCGAUAGACAACGAGAGCAUUUAUUUAAAUUCUUUUUUCCCAAUGAUUAUCAACCAAUGAAAAUUACAAAAUUGCCUAAACCAGGAGAUAAAAGACAAGUUCAAUCGUUCGACAUUAGAUUAUCAACAUUAAAUGAAGCAACGAUUGAUAUACUUUUUAGUAAAAAUAGAGAAACAAAUGCUGUUCACGUUAAUGUUGGACCAGGAUCAUAUUUAGAAAUUACAAUGCCAUGGAUAGUAUUACAAGAUGGUUAUACUACAAAGAUAACGGGUCAGCUUUUGCAUUUGGAAGCUACAACUAGUCUACAGUAUCGAAGUCUUGUUGAAAGUGAGACCUUAGAAUUUGGAGUAAAAUGUCAUUAUCCCCUUAAAUGGAACGAUCAUCAAGAAUGGACGCUGAAUUUAACUGGAUGUAAAGCAACUGCUAAUUUAGUUUAUUCACAUAAAGACUUUUUUCAAGAUAUGAUCAAUGAUUGGGCGAGUAAAGCAAGACCUGAUAUUUUACACUUUGUUCCAUAUACUUGGAAAUUUAGUUUACUUUUAAAAGAAUUUGAACUGAUUACGCUUUGCAAUGAAUAUAAUUGGAUCGAUUGCUCGUCUCAGAAUCAGGAGAAUGCGCACAUCGCUUUUUGCGGGGAGCUUUUUGAUCUCUCAUUUGAUCUUCCAUUUAUAGAUUUUCUACCUGUUACGAUACCUUUGCGUUUCUGGAUUCAAGGAGAAAGCGUUGAUCUUUUAUUCUACUUGCCAGAAGUUAAUACUAAUCGUAUUAUUUUAUUGGCAUUAGAUAAGAAUGCAAAGAUUAUGACGCGUGAUGGAUCUCAUAAGCACUUACAUGAAUUGAAUAGAGGCAAGAAAUGGAGAAACUUUUGUCAAAAGGAGUCAGGCUGGGUCGAUUGCUGGUCUGUACCGAUCGUGGCAUUGAGUAUUAAUUAUACUUAUCACCUAUGCCCACCUUUAGGUCCUACUCCACAAGCUAAUAUAACAACUCCAGAAAAGGAAGAAAUUCUCUUGUCUCCUAUGCGAAUUCCUAAAUGUAGGAAAUCGCCAGGCUUGCAAUGGGCAAGAAGUGGUGCGCAAAAGUUUGAUCCACAAUCCAUAGCGCCUGAUAAAGUUAGUGUAGAACUUGAAAUUGGACCAUCCAUAUUGAUUUUAUAUGGAUCUUUAUUAAAGAAUUUUAUGCACUUGAAGGAAAAUUUAUUUGGAGAUUAUCAAAUGUUUACUGAUAUGCAACAAAGUAGAAACUCUUCAACAUCUGUAAAUGCAGAAAGAAAUAAGGAUAAAGAUAUACAAAAUAGUAGUAUUGAGGUAUCUAUGGAAGAUGAAGAGAUUAAAUCUAAACCGUUUGAUCCGAGAGAUUAUAGACCGUUAGAAGUGACUGUUGGUGUUACUAUGCAUGACAUUCAAGCUCAUUUAAUAAAAAAUUGUAAUGAAAAUGAUCCACCAUGCCCAGUUAUACUUUUAGAACGUUUUGGAUUUGAAAUGAGAAAGGGUUAUAAGGAAACACAACUUCAGUUAUUGCUUUCUCCUGCCAUUGCUUUAGUCACAGAUAACGUAACAAGAUCAAAUAAAGAACAUCAUCUAAAUCAGGGGCAUUUAAUGUUGAGUGCAUUGCAAAUUAGAGGUCAUGCUAUGUUCAGCAAUGAAGGAAGAAGUUUAGAUCAAGAAACAUUGGAGUAUGCUUGGUUGAUCGAAGUGCAAUUAGGCAAAUUAAGUGGAAAGAUCACUUCUCCCCAAUUACAUCAUUUUGUUACAUCAUUAGAGACUUUUUUGUUAAUGGCAAAAAAUACAGAGAACAGUUUACGCCCACCCAAUUUACCUUUUCAUUGCCACCAUGGCCUUGCGCCACUGCAAUGUCCAGAGAGCGAUGUUGAUAAACAUUAUAGGUGUCCAAGUUCCGAAGAUAUAAAAUAUAGAAUGACGAGACUAUCCAUAGAUGCUGUUGAUUUAUACUUACAAGAAGUAGGUACUGCCAUACAAUUUUGGAUAUCUCCAAUUCGUGUUGCUAGUUGUAAUCUUCAUGGACAUCAAGUAAAAUCGGGUGUUACCGCUGUUUUACCUACAAUAUCUAUUCGCCAGUUUGUAUCCGCAGCAGAUUAUUUUGCAAAUACAAGUAAUACUAAUACAACUGGUAGUGGUAGAUCUCAUAAUAACGCAAGCAGUCGAAUGUCAGGUGAUGGGUCAGACAUAUGGCUUGAAGUAGGAUCAAUAUCUUUGGGUCCAGUUGUUUUAGAAGCCGCGAUUUCUCUUCCAACUCCAGAACACAAUUUGCAUUUAGUACAAAAUAAAUAUUUAAAAAUGCACGAUGAUGUAAUAAAACGUUUGUGGUUUUUAUGGCCACAGGAAAGUGGAGUAAAGGCAACGAAAUGUGGUUGUAUCGGAGGUUGUGUAUUUUUUGGCAAUAACCGGAACGGACCAAGAUUUUUUAAACCAAGCUAUCAUGAUCUUCAAGAUGGUAUUAACAUAGCUGCGUAUAGAAUUCAUGAACCUGGUAAAGAAAAAGGAUUUGGACAAUCUAUUUUGCAUGAUGGACAAUUGGUAUUCCACACACCACCAUAUAGCUUACAAGAUAUAUCUUUGCAAGAUGCGUGCUAUCCUAUGACAGGAUUGAAAGUAACACUCAGUCAAGAUGGUCCACAAACUCUGAAGAAAAGUAUUGAACGUCCAAGGUCUGUGACCGAUCAUAAUAAAGAAGAAAAUAAUAGUACAAAGUUAAACGUUGCGUCUGCAAGUCCAUUGAUAUCUAGUGGAGACAGGAAAUCGUUGGACAGAAGAUUUUCUUAUACAUCGAUACGUGGGCCGAAUACGAAAGAUGUACCAUAUUCUCGUUUGAUUGACGCUAGUCCUGUAGCACAGUUACCCCAGAAAUUAGAUUCUGAUUCUAAACUAAAUGCAGAACGUAGUAAAUCCAUCUUAAGUGUACCAGAAAUUGAAACUGCACCCAAAAGUAGUGUAUCUGAUUCCAAAUUAGCCGUAGAUUAUUUUACUGCAACAGAGAAUGUAGAAACACUUGAAUCAAAUAGCCCGCAGUCUUUACCUACAGUCCCAACUGAAUUUAAUCUCUCUACGUCUAUAAGAUCGACUACAAAAGGCAGCGAAGGAAUAAAUGUAUCGGAUUCUCAUCAUUCGUUAUAUGCGAGGACAAAUUCAGAAGAACGAUUAAAGCAGGAGGUACAACGUACAGUAUCCAUGUCGUCUGAAAAUCACUCGGAAGCAUUUUAUUCGGCUGAUGAAGAUAUGAGUCAUGGAUUAAGUGGAAGUCGAACGUCCAGUUUACGUCAAUCCAUCGUCGGUUCUGGCUGUGUUUUAAACCGCAAUGAUAGUAUAAAGAAAAAAUUUUCGUCGGACUUAUCUAUUGUUGAGAGCUCGGCUAAUGUAAAUAUCUCAGUGACGGAUAAAGCGCAUACGUUAGAGAGAGCAAAGACACAAAUAUUAAAUACAAAGAAAAGUCCCAGGAUCAAUAGGAACACUAGUUUUCAAAAUGAAGUUGAUCAAACUGAAAACUGUGGUUUGCAAGAUUCAUCAGAUAGCCAUUCAGUAUCAUCUACCAGUUUUAUCUCUGCUGUAUCCUCACAAGAAGAUGUCACGCUUGUAAAUUUGCAUAUGCAAGUGAAUAAACCAAUUGUAGAUUCGCCGUUAUUGAUGUCGAGUUAUGUCAGCCAUUUAACACAGGUUCGCUGUUCAAAUUGGAAUCAAUCGUCAUUACCUUUGGGUGGUGAUGCAUUUACUACUCCUAUAUUUCAACGUGCAGAAGAUGGUAGAUUAGUUUACGUUGGUGGACGAUAUAUACCAAAACUUGAAACUGUCACGGAAGGUUUUACAUCGUUAAAAAUGGUAACACGUUCCGACUGUUCACCCGUUGCAAGUUCAUCCAAUAAAACGCCUACACAUCCUUACUUGUGGGACGAUACGUCUCUAAAUCAAACAGAAGGCGAAGAUCAUGCGAUGCAUAACGAGGAAGAAUUAUUAGCAAUAUUGCAUGAAACUGGAUUACGCACAACGGUUAUUGUCAAAUUCAAAGGAGAUGUUGAUAUUAUGCUAAGUCCUAUGGUUCUGGAAUCACUUCAACGAUUUAUCGAUAGUAUUAUACCAACUUUGGCCAGUUUACAUCCAUUGACAAUCUUAAAUCAUCUUCACAACGAAUGUAUAAGCAAAGUAGAGGAUGCAAAUAUUUUAAAACAGGAUCAGAGUUUAUCAUAUUGGAGUCAAGUCCAAACUAGUUCAAAACGGUCUACAGCAGAAAGGAAUCUUAAAAAUGGUCAAGGUAAAAUUGCACUACAGACAAAUGUUUACGAAGAAAGUAUUACGACACAAAUACAAGGCAGUAUUAUUUUACCAAAGUUGAAUCUAACAUUAUUGCAAGCAUCUGUCAUUGAAGAAAUUAUCUCGUUCUCUGCGUUAGAAAAUAUUCGGGACUUGACAUGUGUAUCGUUAUUUGCGAUUUGUCUCGAUGAUGUUACUGCGAGAUUCUAUCUAGGAAAACAAGCUCGAGAAGUUGUUCAAACUUUUCACAAACCGGCUGCAUUACCGAAUCAGAAGAAGGUAAACAAAAUCAGUAAAGCAUUUUUAUCUGGACAUCAAACUACUGCAGUAGUAGCUGACGUGGGAGGAGAAACAGUAUACAUAGAAACGUCGGAGAAGCAGCAAGAAGAAAUUAUAGUCACUUUAAAUAUCGGCAAAGCACAUUCUCAAUUAAGAAGACUGAGGAACGAAUCUUCGAUAUUAAAGGAUGCAGUGAUAACCGCUAUACCUGCACAUUAUUCGAAAGUAUUAUUUACCUGCACAAGAAUGACGUCCCCAUUAAAGUGUAUUGAUUAUUAUUUACAUUACAUGAUGGAUGAAAAAGAAAAGCCGAAUAAACAGACCGGACCACCGCAAGCUACUGAAGAAUUUACAAUGGGAUGUGGAGAAGAUAGAUUAGGAUUUAUUAUGUUUGAAUGUGGUUUUGAGGGAAUUAAAUUAAAAAUAGUAAAGAGAUCUCAAUUUGAAAAAGGAGAAAACGGUGAUAAUGACAAAAAAAAUGAGGCUGAAGUAUUUUGCACAGACAGUGUUAAAAGCCAAGACGAAUUAGAUAAUAAUAUCGCUGCGUCCACAGCAACUGCUGCAGAAGCAGAAGUAAAGCCGACAAACGCAUCUGCUGGUACUCAAAUGAAUAUGAGCGCGACAUGUACCAGUCUUACGUCUAAAGUAGCAAAUGGCAAUACUGUAUCAUGCGUUAUUGAAUUAAAAACAGUAUGGUUUAAUUUCGCUGCGCCUCCACGUACUCCAAUAACGAGAAAAAUUGAUUAUACAAGAUUAGAUUGGAAUUUACUCAGUACGGCAUCGCCAGCGAUAAAUGCGUGGAUGAAUCCUAGUAACAAAUUCGCAAUUCGUAUUGUUUACAUGGUCAGAACAAUGUACCGAAGAUCUACCGCAAUUGUUGCCUGCCUUAUGGCUGAAGCAUUAGACGUACAAGGAAUACAUAUGCCUUUGAAGAGUCGUUACGGAAGAUUAACACCUUUAGCGAAAACAUUACAGGAAGAUCCUUCUUGUCAAUUAUGUAGUAUAUUGCAAAAUUACGUUUUUUUAUCUGAAAUCAUAAAUAUUGAGGCUAACUUAAAAGAAUCUGAUCUACCACUCCUGUCUACACUCCGACAAGGUGUCAUUGUAUUAAGCAGGCAAUGGAAGAACGUACUUUAUACGCCAUUAUUAUUGGAACACAAUUACAAAACUAAACAUGUUAAACCAUUAAAUGUUACAUUUGCCGUGUCCGAUCCUGAUGAGGAGAAUCUGUUGACUGAUGGGGAGGGUAGUGCAGGAGAUGUUGAUGAUCAGGAAGUAACAGAUGAAUGUGCUAUGCUCAUCCAUACGGACCAUAUGCAUAAACAUACACAUAUCAAAGGCGGACAAGAUAAAACAUCAGGUAUGUGUGGUGAUGGUUUGACGGUUCCUGUAAGCUCUCCUCGCGGGAAAGAUACGACUCCUAUAGCAACACCGGUUCCAGGCCCGGAUUCAUUUUCCUCUCCCUCUCCACCCGUAGCUCUUCCAAAGAGAGGAAAAACGUUACAACCAACGCAAGUACCUGCUAGUACACGUGCAAGUAUCGUUUUCCCCUUACUCACCAGCGGUGGGUUAUUCAGUCAAACACGAGAACCAAAUAACAUAAGUUACGGAACAUUGAAAGAAGAAAAAACUCCACAAAUUCAUAUUUCACAUUCACAUCAACUUGGUUCUAAUCCUAGUAUUUAUUCUGGAGGUUUGGGUCAUGGUAGUCAACAUAGCACUGGAAGUUUAGACCAAGUUACAUCUCCUACAAGUCAUUCUACUAAACCUAUAAAUACAGGGGAAGAUCUGUAUAGCUGGAUGGCAAAACAGCAAGAAUUUAUAAAGGAUAAUGAUAAAGGAAAUUUAAAAGGAAAUUGGGUCUUUCGUACAGAGCAAAAAUCUACAAAGGAUUCAAAAAUUAAUACUAUGACUACUGACGACACUGAAGAUUCCGAUAUACAAAGUGGUGCUUUCCUGUAUCCAAUGAAAGACUCUCUAAGAUUAUUGGAUGCACAUCUGAUUUUUGAACCGCUUUUGUCGUCCUUAUCGGUUAUGCCACAACAGAUGUUAUCAGUUAUCGGAUCAGGAAAUGUAAAUAAUAUGUCCUCCUUAGAUUCAUUAGGCUCAAAUUUGUCUCUUGUAGGCAGUAUGGAUACUAUGCGUAUUGAUAUAGUCGUGAGCGAAUUUGGAAAAGUAACAGAUAAGAAAAAAAAUAACAAAUGUCAGGCAAGAAAAGGAACUAACUCGAAAUUUCAUCUUGAUAUACCACCGGAGACACCAGCAUUUUUAUGCGAAAGGAUUGGCGUAGAUAUCGAUAUUAAAAAGAUGGCCGAUAUGACAGUAGAUGAUAUGAUACAAAAACAAAAUGUCCUAUAUAUAUCUAGAGGUCAAUUGAAGAAACAUACUAGCACAGUGGUUAACAUCAGUUUAAAUAUCCGUUACAUAAGUCAGCAAGUAAACAUGCCUCUUCUUAGAUUAUUACAUCAAAUAAGUAACAUGUAUCAGAAUGUUAAAGAGACACAAAUGGAGUUAAAGGAGCAACAGCCUGAAGGAAAACGUAAUACUAACAUAAUUGUUAAUGAUAAUGUUGCAAAAAACGGCUCAUCAUCAACAUCUGAUCUACAAGAACAGUUCCUCACUGGCAGCAAAAAGAUCGAAGCACCGUUGCUUCGCAGCAGUUUCGAACCGAAUCAAUCGAAAGCAUUACCAGGUGCAACUGUGCGCUCUCGGCCGCAAAGUUUUGCACAAAAAUUACGAAGCACUGGCAAAAGUGUAAAGGGCUAUAUUAAUUUAAGUGAAGGUGUUAUUACGCCCAGUUUUGGAGCAAGCCCUAGUGGAUCUGGUUUGGAUAAAUUUACGGAUACAUGUAAAGAUAGCGCACAUCUAACGCCACGAUGCUGGAAAACUAUAUACUACCUUUUGGAUUUGUAUGCAACUCGUCCGGAAACUAAAACUAUUACCCAUCGAUUUUCGAUAUCUGCAGACGCAGCGGAACAUUAUAAAAGUGGAAGAAAGUAUGAAAUCUUGAAUGAAACCAAGGAUGUUGAUAUUGAAAAAGGAUUGAAUGCUGAAAAUAGUUCAACGCCGGUUCCUCCAUCGAGAGAGUUAAAUAUUGUAACAGGCGAAAGAACAAGGCUAAUUAUUUUUGGCGUCGCACGAAUUCAUAGAACCAGAUUAUUAGCUACUUUAAGUGGCUUAAAGCUUGAAGCAGAAAUUACUAGUCUACAUUCUAGUCUAACUUGCCGGAAGAAAUCACGGCCUGCAAGUUUAGAAUGCAGUAUGACUGGACAAAUCGGAAGAACCAUGAUUGUUUUAUUGGAAGGCGUUGCCCCUAAUCAACAAACAGUUGUAAAAGUUACCGUUGGAAAAUCACAAGCUCUAUAUUCAAGCAUUACGAGACGUCAAAAGGACAAGAAUAGCGGUUUAUUGACUGUCGGCGCUGUAAAUAUUGAUAUACCGCAGCAUCCUGUAGCAUUGCAUGGAAUGAUGACUAGAGGCAGCAAACAAUUGUCGUCAACAUUACAGGAAUUAAGAGUUACUAGAACAUCAUCGAGAAUGUCGCGAGGACAACAACAAGAUGAUGUAGAUGCUGUUUCGGGUAGUCCACAUCAUUACGCGCCAGCUCCUUCAAUAGGUGUAGAAAAACCACAGGCCGUAUCUGGUCUUUUAGAACCUAUUGUUAUGCAAUUCCACAUAAUACUUCAAAGCCUAAGUAUAACUGCGGCAUUGUUACCAUCUCUCCAAGCUCAAUACAAGAUGGAUCAAGUAAAUAGUUCUGGCAUAACAGGUAGCAAGGCUAAGUUUACUAUAGACUUGCCUCAUCAUAAUCUGAGUUUUACGACGAAAUUGCAAGUGACAGAAGCGAACUUACCGUCUGAAGCAAGUAUCGAAUUACCUAAAGUGCAUGUUUUGGCCGAAUACGUUCAGGACGGAAGUAGUAACUUGAAUGAUAGUAAAUUAGCAGAUGGUGUUGUAUUAAGACAAGGUAGUUACCUAAGUGCAACUGCAGAUAUCGGAGUGUUUGAGCAUUCUUUAACGACGGAUCUUUUAAAUCAUUUGGUAUUUGUACAAAAGGUAUUUAUGAAAGAGGUAAACGAAGUAGUGCAGAAAGUUUACGGAGGUGAAAAACCAGUACCUUUGUGGCUCGAAGACGACGAAUCAACCAGCUCUACUCUGAAACGAAUUUUAUUUUCACUGAUUAUACGUAUUAAGAGGAUUCAAUUGACUGCAACAACGCCAACGAAUUCGGCAGUGCGGUUAGAAACCGGUGCAGUAGAAUUUCAAUUAUCUAACAGAGUGCAAAAUGUUUCUGGUGCUACUCAACCUAAUCCCUAUAUGAAAUUAUUUGGCAAAGCACAAGUUGAUAUUAAUUUAAGUCUGGGACAAUUAUUAAAAAAUGUAUUAUUUGAAGAAGCAGAGCCCGAAUUUCAACAGUUUGCUUUCUUCAAUACUAGAAUAGGACUACGAAAUGCAUUUCAAGAGGAAAUGGCUCAGGAAGAAGACAAGGAAGUAGUUUUAAUUACUCUUAAACGUCCACUGAUUUAUAUACAACCUAUCGCUAUCGAUAAAGCUAUACUCGUUUGGUUAAAUUAUAAAAACGCAUAUGAAUACUGGAAUGAAAAACGAUCUAAUUUGAAUAAAGAAGUGUUAACUGCUACUCAACAAGUAUUUGAAAAAGUUCCAUUCGGGCAACUGACGAGUCAACUCAGUGCACCUCAUCUUGGGACAUUAUUUUUGCAAUUAACAGUCGAUGAUAUGGGCAUAUGUGUGCCGCUUAAUCCCUUACCACCAAAUAAUUGGAGAUUAAACAGAGGCCUUUAUGAUGGAGAAUCGCGAGGUGCUGUUGUUGUAACACUUGAAAAUACAAGCAUAUCCGCAUGUAGUAGCGGUAGUUUAGUUAGUAAAGGAAGGUUCGUAGGAUUAUGCUUGAGAUUUGCAGAAGAUUUUGAAACUUCUUUGGACGAUUGGAAACCAGAUAUGACUGAUAGUAAUAUAAUGAAUUUAUGUGUCGUAUCAGAAGGUACUUAUGAAGUGUGUAGUAGGACUAUCGCUCAAAAACAAGAUAAAUCUGAUAAUGCUAAAUGGAUCUUAAAUGUUCAAUGGCAAAUGGAGGGGGUUGAUAUUCAUCUUGAUGUCAAUGUAGGACAACAGCUAUCAGCUCUUGGACAUACAUUAACGAUGCUAACUGGAUCUGAAGAGGAAGAUGAUAUUCACGUUCCUCCAGAUUAUGACAGCGACGAUGGAGAUCAACCAGAAAACAGCACAAGCCAGGAAAGCAUAUUAAUGAAAAAAUCAAAAAAUUGGACGGAUAGUCUCCCAGCAUUUAUCUUCGAUCCUACACUUGAUGCAAGGAAGAGGUCACAAUUAAUAGAAAAAGAGAUGAAUGAACAAGCGAAAAUUAUAAACGAUUUGCGUUCAUUGGGCGCUUCGCAUGGAACAAUCGAGCAGGAAAUGAAACGACUGCAUGAAUUAGAAGCGAUGGUAUUCAAAGAUUUUAGAAGGGAUAUGAUUCAAAAGCUAAGAAGACAAUCGGUGAAAGCUUCUGGUAUUAAGGGUAAAUUAGGUCUUGGUAGCAAACCGAAUACGUAUCGUUCAAGAUCAUUUAUUGUACCCUCUCCUACACCAGAACAUCAUUUAGAAAGUCCAGAAGACAUAAAUACGGAAAUUAAUUCAGCAAAUUCAGCUAGUUACGAAAGUAGUCCUAGAAGCGGUCCCAGUCGGUCAGCUUCUUUGCGAGUAAGAGGACUUAGCGGACCACGAGUUACUUUUAGUGAUACACAUACAAUGUGCAGGCAAUCAUCUCUACCUAGCGCUAGUUCUGAUUUGAGUUUACCAGAGGGAGAAUUAGAAUGGCCAGAGACUAUUGAGAUCGAAGGAGAACGAGUUGAAUUGAGAAAAAAGAAUAGAGAUAUCAGUUGUACAUCGAGUUAUGACAGUAUGGAGGGAAAUGCACCAUUACUAGAUUCAUUUGGAAAAGAGCAAGCUUCAUCGACAUCCUCUCCAUUUAUUACCCAGAAAACUCAAGAGCCUAAUAUUGAUUUUGAACUUGAUGUUAAAGUUUUAAUUAAUAGCGGAAAAUGUGUGUUACACACAAAAGAUCCAGGAAAAGAAGAUGAAAUUAAACUCUUAAGUAGAAUGAAGAAAGAAAGAUCAUGUUCUGGUGGUACAUUUGAAUUUCAACCUGGUAGUCCCAGUAGCAGUAGAAAACAUUUAAAUAGUAAAGAGAAACCGUCAACAACUAGUACAUCUCGAUUGAAAUAUCUACAGCAUGCAAGUGUGCCUUUAGUAGAUUUAACAAUUUUUCAUAUUCCUGGUUUGGAUGUUAAGGUUCAUUACGAAUCCAAAACUCUUCCAGAAGAAUCAUUAUCUCCCCGCAUAUCUGCUGAGAACAGUCUAUUAAAUCCAAUUACAGUGUUUAGAAAAUCUAGUACUAAAAAAGCCAGUCUGUUUGCUUGGAUGACUCUUCAAAGCAUUCCUGAGGAAACUAUUAUUAGUCCUCAUAUCCUUGAAUUUUUAGAACAGACUUUAGAACCCAUUCCGAGCAAGAAUAAUUUCCAGAGUAAUGUGCAAACAAAUGCCGGCUUCCUGCUAGAAAAUACGGAAAACACAUUGUGGGCUGCCACUGCUGCAAAUAGCAAUUAUGUUUAUGCUAGUUUCCCUGUUGAUGUCAUAGUAUAUUUUCAUAUGCAGCCAUCUACAUUCAGAUUCUCAUCUUUACCAGUUUCACGAGUAGAAUGUAUGCUACAAUUACCAUCGCUUGAUAUUGUAUUUUCAUCAAAGCGUGCUGAGGAAGAAUUAAUAGAGUUUCGAGAGUUGAAGUCACAAACAACGGGCAAAGAAAUAGGUACAGCUAUCGGUGGAUUAUCUGUCACAGGUUGUUUAGCAGAUUUUUCCGUUUAUAUUUUUCAUCCGUAUGGUGGCGGAAAGAAAACAGGUUUAAAAGAAGCGCAAUGGUCGCCUUUAUCAGACAGUGAGAGAAAAGAUUCGUUAAGUAUCAACGUCGAAUUUGUAAAAUUUCAUUUGUCAAGAAGCAGAAAAUUGAAUUUUCAAAGCGAGCAGCUUAAGAAGCUUUCAGAUACUAGUCGUGCUGUCAUACGAUUUUCAACCAUUAUUGAUAUUGGAUCUGCCUCAUUUAAAUAUGAUAUGCGUCGACUAACAGAAAUUCUGGCAUUUCCAAAGGCUUGGUAUCGACGUAGCAUAGUGAGACGGUUAUUUCUAGGAGAUUUAAGUUCAGGUACCGCAUAUUCCGAAGGGGAUGGAAGUCCUCCAUUAAAUCAGGAAGAAGCAGUCAUGGGAAGCUCUUUAUUGAAACAUUACGAUAGGCAUGAUCCAUUAUCAAAAAGUGCAUCUGAAAGAAGUCCUAUAUUAAAUAGAGAAAAAUUGAAAUUAACCUUGGAAAAUGAUAUGCCAAGACCUACGCGAUUAAAAGAUAUUGGAAGAGGAUGGAGCUUUACCACAGACAAACAAAUGUCGUCUGAAGUCAAAUUAAGAGAAUCCGCAUGGGAAACAUUGGUGUUAUUUGCAGUGAAUUUUACACGCCUUAAUGUGCAUAUGAAUAUGGGCAAUGUAAUGGGUAAUGUUAGCUGGAUGACAAAGGAUUUCAGAUCGGAUGGAAGACUGUCUAUUGGCAGCACGGGACAUAAAAAUUUGUAUAUAGGCAUUGGCUUAGGAGGAUCGAGUUUAGAUGCGAAAGGUGGUAUAGUUGGUGGGACAAUUGAAUUGAGUAGAAUUGAUACUUACAUACAUAUUCGAGAAGAACCUGGAAUAGAACCUGAUCAUACAGUAGGAUUGAAAUUAUUUGCAUUAGAAUUACGAUUGGAUUAUAUGGGAACAAGUGUCCUAAUGUCUCGUGUGUCUUCAUUGGAUGUUACUCUUAGAGAUGAAUGGAAAAUUAAUCGUAGUAACAGUGGUGAUGCUUUCAUGCCAACCCGAAGGCCCGCUAUUAUUUUUAUGCACGGUGACUUGGGCUGGGAUCAAUUACAAGUCAUGAUCAGUAAAUCAACAACAGCCGAUUUGUUAAAAAUGUUUUACAAAUUGGAUGAGUUUUUCAGUCAACAAUUUAAGAGCAGCAAACGUGUAUUUAGUUCCUUACAAACAAAGCAUCAAAGAAUGAAUAACAGUAGCAUUAAGAAAAGGCAACAAAAGAAGAAAUCUGCUGUUGACGGUGGUCCAUGGAGUUUGAACCAAACUGCUAUAUCAGAUGCUAGACAUCAUAGACAUUGGCAAAGAGUAUUAACUCAAGUAGCUGGUCUUCAAUUAGGAAGCUUAAGGUUUUCUUUGCCGUCAACUGGUACCGUCCUUGGUGGUACAAUGGAACUUCAUGGCUGUAAUAUUAGCUUAGCAUGUUUCCACGGAAUUAAUUUUAAAAGCAAAAGCUGGGCUUUAUUCUCGUUAAAAGAACCCUGCAUAAGUUUCGCUACAGAAGCCCAAGAAAUUCCAAGUGUUGAAACACCUAACACAUAUGACGUUCACGUCGUACAGACGUUAACCAUCAGUUUAGGACACCAACAGGAACAACAUGCAAGACAUCAUUCCAUGGCAACUGUAUGUAGAUUAAGUCGAAGUGUUUUAUUUCCACCGCAAUUUAAAUCUCUGCAAGAAUGGUUUCAUUAUGCAUUUGCUAGUAGUGAGAUUGAUGCGGUAGAUAGAUUUCCGUGUGUCGAGAGGGAUAGAGUGGAUAGUACAUCUGACGGUAGUAAUGUAUCACGUGGAAGGAGCACGUCCUCAACGUCUGGCAAAUUGCAAGAACAUUCUCAUACACGGGAAGUGAUAUUUGCCUUGCCUUCAUUGCAACUUCAUCUGAAAACUGAACAUUUACAAACAGCUAGAACACCAGACGUCAUAGGACUUCCUAAGCAUAUUUUAUAUAGCGAAAAACCAUUAGUUGAAUGCAGCUUUAUAACAGAAUUUGAAGAUCAUAUAUUUGUUACUGUUGAUGCCGAAGCCUUUUUCUUCCUACAUGAUCUUAUUACGUCAUAUGUGAAAGAAAAAGAAAGAGUGCAUACAAUGCAGAAUAUGGGUGCAAGAGCACAUAGUCCCGAUCCACAAGAAAGAAAAAAUAUAAAUACAGGUACAGUUAACAUAUCUAGCGUAUCAGUUACUGCCGAGGACGAGAAGAAACGCAAACAAUUUGAUCCAGCUGAAAUGUUUAUAAAAGACUGGCGAUCAUACAGAUGUAAAACAUGGCAUUUAGAACCAACAGUAAGGCUGCUGUCGUGGGCUGGCAAAAGUAUAGAACCUUAUGGAAUCGAUUAUAUCCUUCAAAAAUUAGGAUUUUCCCACGCACGUACGACGAUACCAAAAUGGAUACAACGAGGAUUUAUGGACCCUCUAGAUAAAUUACUCGCCAUUCUUAUGUUAAGAAUGGUAUUAGCCGUUCGUGAAGAAUCAUCAGAUGAACAAAAAGAAUAUAAAAGAGAAAAAUAAUACUAAAUUGACUUUUUUAAAAUAAUAUACAUAUGAUCUCGCAAUAGAUAUUACAGCGGUGCAAUAACAAGUAAGAAUAAUAUAAUUCACGUCAGUGUUACGAUGCGUUAAUGUUUAUGCAUAAAGUAACA